AUGUCAUUUGUCAACUGUCGGUCGUGAGUUCGUUCGUUUGUUCGUGCACAAUAUACAAAAAACAAUUUUGUUUCUGUCCUUUAGUCUUACUCUUAUGAAUUUUAACAAAAGUGUUAAAAUUGUUGAGACAAAUAAAAACAUGGAACAUUAAAAUAUUGUACUAAAAAUAUAGAUUCCUUUUGUGCAGUGCAUUUUAUAAUUUUGUUUUCUUGAGAUGUCUACCGAAAAACGACCUCCGACUCCUGAUAACUCUGGGGAAGUUGAUGGCGAAGAAUGGAUUGGUCCAAUGCCAGCAGAAGCUGCUACACCGAAACCAAAGAAACGAAAAGUUCUAGAAUUUGAAUCUUUAUACCUGGAAAAUCUGCCGUCAUCAGAAACGUAUGAAAAAAGCUACAUGCACAGAGAUGUUGUCACUCAUGUUGUUGUCACCAAAACAGAUUUUGUUGUAACUGCCAGUCAAGAUGGCCAUCUCAAAUUUUGGAAGAAACAGGAGGAAGGUAUAGAAUUUGUCAAACACUUCCGUUGUCACUUGGCCGCUAUCAGCCAUGUUGCAGUUAAUAGUACAGGUACACUGCUGUGCACAACAUCAACAGAGAAGACAGUUAAAGUUUUUGAUGUUAUCAAUUUUGAUAUGAUAAACAUGAUAUCAAUACAGUUUGAGCCGUACUGCGCAGAAUGGGUGCACUCAGCAGGUGAUCCUAUUUCUGCAUUAGCUAUAUCGGAGAAAUCAACAAAUAAAAUCUAUGUAUUUGAUGGCACACAAAGCUCGGGUACACCAUUACACACAUUUGAAACACUACACCAAAGUGUGGUUGUGACUAUAGUAUACAACCCAGUGUACGAAGUUGCAGUCUCCGUAGAUAAAGCGGGAAUCAUAGAGUACUGGACUGGACCGAAACAUGAGUUCCAGUAUCCAAAGAAUGUGAAAUUCCAAUCGAAAUUGGAAACGGAUCUGUUCGAUUUUGUUAAGAAUAAAACAUACCCGACCGCGCUUGCGUUCUCACCAGAUGGUAAGAAGAUGGCGUCUAUCAGUUUGGAUCGAAAGGUGCGAGUAUUCCACUUCCUGUCGGGGCGCCUGCACAAAGUGCUGGACGAGAGUCUGCAGCGCUACCAGGACCUGCAGCAUCAAGCACACCAGCUGCCCAACAUGGAGUUUGGUCGCAGAAUGGCGACAGAACGUGAGUUGGAGAAAUCGGAGUCAGUGAAUUUGUGCAACGUGUUGUUCGACGCGAGCGGCCACUUCCUCUGCUACGCCACGAUGUUGGGUGUGAAGUUGGUAAACCUCACCACCAACCGGUGUGUUGCCAUGCUCGCUAAACCGGAGAACUUGAGGCCGCUACAUUUGGCGUUAUUUCAGGGUCGUACGAAUCAAUCGAAAGUAGCAUCAACGUUGGAGAUGGAAGGUUCAGAGAACCCGACGCUGCUGAGUGUGAAGACUGACCCCACGCUGUUCUGCACCGCCUACAAGAAGAACAGGUUCUACAUGUUCUCUCGCCGCGGACCUGAUGAUGUGAAGAGUCCGGACGCUGACCGCGAUAUCUUCAACGAGAAGCCCUCUAAAGAGGAUAUCAUAUCAGCUACUGAAGGACAAGGCGUGCAGCGUAUCUACGAGCAGGCAGUGCUGCACACGUCGCUGGGCGACAUACACGUGCGGCUGUUCGGCGAGGUGUCGCGCGCCGCGGAGAACUUCUGCGGCCUCGCGCGCACCGGCUACUACAACGGACAUCUCUUCCAUAGAGUUAUACGCGGCUUUAUGGUGCAGACUGGAGACCCCACGGGUACCGGCACUGGCGGUGAAAGCAUAUGGGGCGGGGAGUUCGCGGACGAGUUCAAGCCGCACUUGAAGCACGACCGGCCCUACACCGUCAGCAUGGCCAACGCGGGGCCAAACACCAACGGCAGCCAGUUCUUCAUCACCCUCGCGCCUACGCCGUGGUUAGACAACAAGCAUACGAUCUUCGGGCGCGUGGUGCGCGGUAUGGAGGUGGUGCAGAACAUCGGCAACUUGAAAACCAACCCCAAGACGGACAAGCCAUACGACGACGUCAGGAUCGUCUCCGUUACUGUUAAGUGACCAUACUAACCGUUGACAAAUAUUGUACAUAUAAUAUUAAAAAUUAUGACUGUA